CGGCGGCGGGGCUGGGCCGGUCAUGACCGCGCUCACCCCGCUGCUCAUCCCCGAGCACUUCCCCAACGUGCCGCUCAUCGCCGUGACCCGGAACCCGGUCUUCCCGCGCUUCAUCAAGAUCAUUGAGGUAAAAAAUAAGAAGCUGGUUGAGUUGCUGAGGAGGAAGGUUCGCCUUGCUCAGCCUUAUGCUGGUGUCUUUCUAAAGAAAGAUGACAACAAUGAAUCUGAUGUGGUAGAAAACCUGAAUGAGAUCUACCAAACAGGAACUUUUGUUCAGAUCCAUGAAAUGCAGGACCUUGGAGACAAGCUGCGAAUGAUUGUCAUGGGGCAUCGAAGAAUUUGUAUAAAUAAGCAACUAGAGAUUGAGCCUGAGGAACAUGAGGCUGAAAAUAAGCACAAAGCAAGAAGGAAGAUGAAGCGCUCUAAGAAAGAGACUGAAGAAGAGUCUGAUAUGAAGGACCAAACUACAGAGCUGGUCCUCGAGCCUGUGGGACACUCAUCACCAGAAGUGCUUAUGGUAGAAGUGGAUAAUGUUGUUCACGAAGAUUUCCAGGUCACAGAAGAAGUCAAAGCACUUACUGCAGAAAUUGUCAAAACAAUUCGGGACAUCAUUGCCUUGAACCCUCUCUAUAGGGAAUCUGUGCUUCAGAUGAUGCAGGCAGGGCAAAGAGUGGUAGAUAACCCAAUCUAUCUGAGUGACAUGGGAGCAGCACUAACAGGGGCAGAGUCUCAUGAAUUGCAGGACAUCCUGGAGGAAACUAAUAUUCCUAAACGGCUGUAUAAAGCCCUCUCUCUCCUGAAAAAAGAAUUUGAGCUGAGCAAACUUCAGCAACGCCUUGGACGAGAGGUUGAGGAGAAAAUCAAACAGACUCAUCGCAAGUACCUUCUCCAAGAGCAGCUGAAGAUUAUUAAGAAAGAACUGGGUCUAGAGAAGGAUGACAAGGAUGCUAUAGAAGAGAAAUUUCGAGAACGGCUAAAAGAUCUAGUAGUACCAAAACUUGUUAUGGAUGUGAUCGAUGAAGAGCUGAACAAACUUGGUUUGCUGGACAAUCACUCUUCAGAAUUCAAUGUUACACGGAAUUACUUGGAUUGGCUCACAUCUAUCCCAUGGGGUAAAUGCAGUGAAGAGAACCUGGAACUCACCAGAGCUCAGGCAGUUCUGGAGGAGGAUCACUAUGGAAUGGAUGAUGUCAAGAAACGAAUUCUGGAAUUCAUAGCAGUCAGCCAGUUGCGAGGGUCAACUCAAGGGAAGAUUCUUUGUUUUUAUGGCCCUCCUGGAGUUGGAAAGACUAGCAUUGCUCGCUCCAUUGCUAGAGCAUUAAACAGAGAGUAUUUCCGCUUUAGUGUUGGAGGAAUGACUGAUGUGGCAGAAAUCAAAGGACACAGGAGGACAUACGUUGGAGCAAUGCCAGGAAAAAUAAUCCAGUGCCUAAAGAAGACCAAGACAGAAAAUCCCCUUAUCUUGAUUGAUGAGGUAGAUAAAAUAGGGAGAGGUUAUCAAGGGGAUCCAUCUUCAGCCCUUCUAGAACUGCUGGACCCAGAACAGAACUCCAAUUUCUUGGAUCAUUACCUUGAUGUUCCAGUGGAUUUGUCAAAGGUGCUUUUUAUUUGUACCGCCAAUGUAACUGAAACCAUUCCAGAGCCACUGAGGGACAGAAUGGAAAUUAUCAAUGUAUCGGGAUAUGUUGCAGAAGAGAAAAUUGCCAUUGCAGAGAGAUACUUGGUCCCUCAAGCACGUGUCCUGUGUGGUUUAGAUGAAAGCAAGGCCAAGAUAACAUCAGAUGUGUUGCCAGUUCUUAUCAAGCAGUACUGUAGAGAGAGUGGAGUGAGAAAUCUGCAGAAGCAGGUGGAAAAGGUAUUAAGGAAAUCUGCUUAUAAAAUUGUCAGUGGAGAAGCAGAAACAGUUGAAGUAACACCUGAAAACUUGCAGGACUUUGUUGGAAAGCCUGUCUUCACCGUGGAUCGAAUGUAUGAUAUCACUCCUCCCGGAGUAGUGAUGGGUCUGGCCUGGACAGCUAUGGGAGGUUCCACUCUGUUUAUUGAAACAUCCUUACGGCGACCCAAAGACAUGGAAAAUAAGGAUGGAUCCCUUGAAGUAACAGGCCAGCUGGGAGAUGUAAUGAAAGAAAGUGCCAAAAUAGCUUACACAUUUGCACGAGCUUUCCUGAUGCAGAAGGAGCCUGGCAAUGAUUUUCUUGUCACCUCCCAUAUCCAUUUACACGUGCCAGAGGGAGCGACUCCAAAGGAUGGACCAAGUGCAGGGUGUACAAUAAUAACAGCCUUACUGUCACUGGCCAUGAAUCGUCCAGUGAGGCAAAAUGUGGCCAUGACUGGAGAGGUGUCAUUAACUGGAAAAAUUCUUCCUGUUGGUGGAAUCAAGGAGAAAACUAUAGCGGCCAAGAGAGCUGGUGUUACCUGCAUCAUUCUUCCAUCAGAGAACAAGAAGGACUACUAUGACCUUGCUGACUUCAUUACAGAGGGACUAGAAGUGCAUUUUGUUGAACACUAUAAAGAAAUAUUUGACAUAGUAUUUUCAAAACCUGAUUCUUCUGGAGGUUGACUAAAAUAUUCGUAUUGAAAGUUGGUCUGUUCCUGACUGCUUUACCCCAGUCCAGAAACAAGAGGGAGCAUAAAUAUUGCUGCUGCGCAGCCACUUAAAUGGAUGAUGGCUUAAUUUACCACCACCUUGGUUAGAAUGAAGUAUUUCUCAUGUAUAAAUACAAAGUGAAUUAUGAUUUAAGUAAAAUAUUUCCACUAUGCUUGA